UCAGGAAUUCAACAUGGAAGCCCUGGUGCACUACAAUCAUUGUUGAGAAAUGUUGAAUCAAGUGUAGGGAAAGCGGUGAAGUCAUUGAGAGAGAAAUGUGGACACACAAAUGAACGACAACGUAGUCAAUUUACACCCAACGACUGACUUAACUAACAGGCUGCGUACAGGAAGAGGUUAGUACACAGAUGGAGUUGGGACAUAUCGCCGGGGUGUACGAGGAGGUCAGCGGGCUCUCGACGCCUGUUAGAGCGCGUGUGAAGGAGGAGCAGCUCCCAGAGGUCCGGAUCUACACAGUGGAUGUUGAGUGGAGUCAGCGCGACAUGGUCCGAGGCUCCAGGAUGUGUUACUCGCAGCAGUGGACUCUGAUCACAGACAGCAACGACCACAAGAGUAUCAGGACUGUCCUCACACCUGGACCAUGUGUUCCUGUGUCCGGAGAGUUACUGAGUGGACUCUCUCCCCUUCGAGGCCUGAGGGCAGUUGUCAUGGAAAUAGCAGGCCACCAGCUCCUCGAGAUUUGGGACCAACACGGCCUUAGGAAAUGCCUCAACCUGACUGCUCUCAACAAACACGGCAGAGUGAACCACGAUGCUCAGUUUGGCUGCCUGUCGUGGUCAGAAUGUGAGAACAAACUGCUGUAUGUAGCUGAGAAGAGCAAGAACACAUCAAUGGAAACACAGGACAGGAGUGUGUACUGUGAAGACUGGGGGGAGGGUCUGACCAAUAAGAGCGCUCCUGUGAUCUGUGUGCUGAAUCUGCAGAGCGGCUCCCUCAGCGUGCUGCAGGGCGUCCCCACAGAUGUCUCACCUGGACAGGCUCUUUGGGCUCCAGGCGGUCAGUCUGUGAUUUUUGUCGGUUGGUACCACAAACCGUUCAGACUUGGGCUGAGGUUCUGCUCCAACCGCAGGUCAGCAUUAUUCAAACUCGACCUGGAUGGAAACUGUGAGUGUCUGUCUGGAGACGACCGCUCGGUGUCCUGCCCCAGGCUGAGUCCAGACAAGUCCACACUGAUCUACCUGCAGGGUCGAGUGUUCGGCCCUCACAACCAGUGCCUCAGUCUGCAGCAAUUGGACUUGAAGAGUGGGAAAAGUUCCACACUGUUGGAUGUUGUCAACAGACCACAGCCUGGUGAGUUUGCAGGACUGUACGAGGCUCUGGCCCCCUGCUGCUGGUCUGCAGACAGUCAGAGAGUGGUGUUCAGCAGCGCCUGCAGAAACUGGAAGAGUCUCUUUUUGGUCGACAGAAGCACAAACAAAAUUACUUCCCUCUCUGAUAAUCCUUCUUUCCUUCCUCCUCCUCCUCCUCCACCUCCUCCUCCACCUCUGAAUCUUCAUCAUCAAGACCAACAGAGAGAACAGAAAGAUCUCUCUGAUCUCUCCAAAGUUUAUGGCAGCUGGAAGCUUCUGACGGUCCAGAAGGACCUGAUGGUCGUCUGCUGCUCCAGCCCCAACACACCUCCCACUCUGAGGGUGGGUUUCCUCCCCUCGGCAGGUGAGGCGGUGAGCUGGCACACGCUGCAGAAGCCGACGAUGACCUUUGACUUCCACUGGACGGUUCUGGAUGUUACACCUCCACCAGAGGAGGACAACACACACUACUCUGGUUUAGAUUUCGGUGCAGUCCUUGUUAAACCGUCUCAUCCCCUUCAUGAGGCCAAGACACCUCUGGUGGUCUUCAUCCAUGGAGGCCCCCACUCCCAGUUCCCUGCAGAGUGGAACAUCACAGCAGCUGGACUGACUAAACUUGGCUUUGCUGUGCUCAUGGUGAACUACAGAGGGUCCACAGGGUUCGGUCAGGACAGCAUUUUGUCUCUCAUCGGUCAGAUUGGAACCCAGGAUGUGAAAGAUGUGCAGACAGCCGUGUUAACCGCACUCCAGAUGGACAUCACCCUUGACCCCAAACGCUUGGCUGUGAUUGGUGGUUCUCAUGGGGGUUUCCUGUCUUGUCAUCUGGUUGGUCAGUAUCCAGACUUCUACAGAGCGUGUGCAGCCAGGAACCCUGUCAUCAAUGCAGCUACUUUACUGGGCACCAGUGACAUAGUGGACUGGCGUUACAGCAGUGUGGGCUUUCAGUACUCGUAUGACCAGAUACCUACUGCUGAAGCACUGGCUGCUAUGUUGGAGAGCUCUCCCAUCACACAUGCCGCUCAGAUCAAGGCUCCAGUGCUGCUGAUGCUCGGGGGCAAAGACAGGCGAGUGUCUCCUCAUCAGGGUCUGGAGCUUUAUAAAGUCCUGAAGAGCAGAGAGUCGCCUGUCAGAUUGUUGUGGUUUCCUGAAGAUGGACAUUCUCUGUCCAGAGUGGACACACAGGCGGACUGCUUCCUCAACACGGUGCUGUGGCUGCAGCAGCAUCUCUGAGUUCAAACAGACACACACACACACACACACACACACACACACACACACACACACACACACACACACACACACACACACAGUGUUGUGUUGAAGGACUGCAGCUGCUGAAGAACACAAUUAAAGAAGAUAAAUCGGUUUGUUAUCUCUAGUUGACGAUCUUGAACCUGACACUGCCUUUUAAAAUAAAAAAAAUCAUUUUCUGUUUGAAAUUUUGUAAAGAUAUUUCUAAAUCAAAGCAUGUAAUAAAGUGAAUUUUAUAAAGCUA